AUGACGAAAAAGGCCAAAUCGGCCGCCCUGAAUUAUCUAGCAUCUGACCGGCUGAAGUGGAUGGUCGGCGCUCCCGACAGGAAAGCCAUCAACUGGGGCCCCACAGGCAGAAAAGGAGAGGAGAAAAGCGAAAGGAACUGCCUUUUUCGGCAAUCAAUUCUCCUUCAAAAACCAGCCGUGCCACAGGGCUCAGAUCGAGAAAGGCGGCCCGAAAUGGCUGCCUCGGUAACGCAUUCAGUUGUUCAAGGCUUUCACUCUCGCGUCUUUAUCUCGUCCACUACUUGUGUCUCGUCACCGUGA